AUGCCUGAUCACUACGAUGCGCAUCUGUCCAGCGAGAAACCACGGAAUUCGGCUGAGGCCGAGAGACCGAUUACUUCAGGGUCCUUUGGAUCAUCGCUAAGCUCGAGCAGCUCUUUUGAGUAUGACCCGCAGGUGCAUAGGCUGCAAUCGCGCAACACGGAACUCGACUUGGAGCGCCAUCGCACAGGAACUUCUCGCGCUCUGAGCAGGACUGAGACGCAAAGAACCCAACAUGCGCUUACCGUUGGUGAGAGCCUGAAGUCGCGACCUUCGCGGGCCCCAUUGCCCCCGUUCGGUGGGGGCAAGGCCUAUCCUCCACUUCUCCCUGCACGGGAAGAUUACGUUGUGGAGUUCGAUGGGCCAGAUGACCCAUUAUACCCGCUCAACUGGCCGGUAACGAAGAAUGUCAUCCUCGCCUUCACCAGUAUUUGCUCCACAUUUGAUUCCGCCGUUUUCAGUGCUUCAUCCAGCCAUGUUUCGAAAGAGUUCAGCGUCGGUCUCGAAGUUGCUGUUCUUUCCAGCUCCCUAUAUAUCGUUGGCUACGCCUCCGGUCCACUGGUAUGGGCUCCGCUCUCCGAACUCCAGGGCCGUCGCAUCCCCAUUAUCAUGGCCAUGUUUGGAUUUGGCGUCUUCAACAUCGCAGUGGCAGUCGCAAAAGACCUGCAAACUCUUUUAAUCUGCCGAUUCUUCUGUGGCAUCUUUGGCAGUUGUCCUCUGGCAGUUGUGGCUGCUGUUUUCUCUGACAUCUGGGAUAACCGCACUCGUGGUGUUGCCAUUGCCAUGUUCUCUUCGACGGUGUUCUUAGGUCCUCUCGUGGCACCUUUCAUCGGAGGCUUCAUUAAUAUGUCGUAUCUUGGCUGGCGCUGGACCGCCUACAUCCCGGCGAUUAUGGGAUUCGCUGCUUUCAUCCUAAACGUGUUCUUCCUGAAGGAGUCUUACCCACCUGUUGUUCUCGUCUCCAAGGCCGCGGAGCUGCGCCGGCGAACAAAGAACUGGGGAAUCCACGCGAAGCAAGAAGAAAUCGAAGUUGACCUCCAAGAGAUGAUUGUGAACAACUUUUCCCGCCCGCUUCGACUUUUAUUCAACGAGCCGUUGAUCCUGGCGGUCACUCUCUAUCUGAGUUUUAUCUACGGCCUGCUUUAUUGCUUUUUGACUGCUUACACUCUGGUCUUCCAGGGCGUCUAUGGCAUGAACCCUGGUGUCGGGGGUCUUCCACUCUUCGGCAUGGUGGCAGGUUUGUUCAUCGCCGCGACUUAUAUCCUCAUCUCCAGCAGGGGAUAUAACAAGAAACUGGAUAUGAAUGGUGGCGUUCCCAUCCCAGAGUGGCGCCUUCCCCCUGGGAACGUCCAUUGGAUCGUGCCCACCCUGAGCGGUCUAUUCACCGGCUUUGGCCUUUUGGUCAUCUUCAUUCAAUUGUUCAAUUACUUGAUUGACACAUAUCUCGUGUUUGCCGCAUCAGCCAUCGCAGCAAACACAUUCUGCCGCUCAAUGAUAGCAGCCAGUUUCCCACUUUUCUCGCGCCAGAUGUUCCAAAGCAUGGGCAUCCAGUGGGCCUCUACACUCCUCGGUUGUGUCGCAGCCCUUCUGGUUCCGAUCCCGAUCGGUUUCUACUUCUUCGGCAAGAGGCUGAGAAUGAAGAGCAAGUUUGCGCCAUUCUACGAAGCUGUUCAGGAAGGACAUGCGUCGGAUGAUGUCGAUGUGCAAGCAGAGGAGACUGCCAUACACAAAUUAAGCUCCGUCAAGCACAUCGCGCAAGGUUCCCUCAGCUCCAACUGGGCCGGCGCUGUCCGCGAGAGUCCACCAGCAAGUGCCACUUAUACCUACGUCGCUCCGACCAUUACCGUGUCCACUCCGACACUACCGGGUAACUUAACCUCGUAUCAAGCUGCCUCGGCCUGGGCCGGCAUCGACGGUACAACACACACGACAGCCAUCCUCCGAACUCGGUUCGACUUCUAUAUCAUUAACGGCGAGUCCUACCCCGAUGGAUGGUACGAGUGA